CAGUUGACGAGAGACAGGAAAACGGAGUGGUUUAAUCUUUUCACAGUUUCAAAACUUGAUAACAAGACAACGUCACUCUGCGUCCUGGCACGAAUUUAAUUGAUCGAUUCAGCUGAACUCAGCUUCCUUUUUGCGACAGAAUCUUGAGAAUCAGGCUUUAGAAGCAGCAUCGGAGUUUGACCUGCAGGAUUUCAAAGAUGUUGGUAUGAUAAUGUGCGUGUUGAAUUCUUUCACCCCAGGACAAUUUUGGUAAAUCUCAUCUGCAUCCUUUUCGAGGCAUUGCUAUCCAUUCUGAGUGUGAUGGCCCGAAAUUGACCUUCUAAAAAUUGAAGAAUAGCUAGUUACUUAUAAAGACCCAUCAUCUUUGAUGCAACCCAUGUCCAUGACAGAUGCAGAAUUGCCUCUUUCUGACUAUGUGUCUGAUCUAGAGGCAUGCAUUUCAUCCUCAAUCCCAGUUGUGGAAGACUCUCUGCUGGAGAUGAAUCUGCAGACAGAUCACUCACAACCAACUGAACAAUUUUGGAAAGACGUGGCAGAAGAAAAUCAAAAAGCUCUAGGAGAUGCUCUGGAGGAAAAUGAACAGCUGCAGGUCACUUUAAAGAGAAAACAGUAUGAAAUUGUAUCACUGAAGGAAAGAAAUGUCCAACUGAAAGAGCUUGCUAGUAAGGCAAAACAUUUGGCAUCUAUACUUGAUAAACUAAUGAAACAGGAAUGCCAGAACACCAAUGACACCAUGUCUGAGAUCUUUCCCUCAAAAUUCUCAACGAAGCGGCAAAGGAUCGAGGACACCUCCUUUUACAACCAGGACUGUGAUAAAGUGGAUGAGAUUUUAAGAGAUAUCUCAGAAAAGUGCAAUGCAGCCUUGCAAACACUGAGUGACACGGACUCUAGAUAUUUUAGGAUGAAAAAGUACUCAGAAGAAACCAGUUGUAAUGAAAGUCAGGAAACCAUCAACAUGUAUGGAACUUUCAAUGGGCUUCAAACAUCAAUGGGCUGCCACAUGGUCAGCUCAGAUACCAAUGAACUGGAAAACGAUAUGUCCUUUAAGACGUCAAUUCGCAAUCACUGCACAAUAAGAACACUAGCUUUUCCUCAGGGUAAUGCAUUUACAACCAGGACACCAAAUGGGGGUUUCAAGUUUCGAUGGAUUCCCACUUGAUUGGGUUAAUCAGCUAACUACACUGACCAGUGGGGACUUUAUUAAUGGUAUUUUUAACAAGUAAGGUACCAUACAUAAAGGAAUUCCAUGCAACACCUUUACACUGCCAGCACUUAAAAAUAUAAAUAUUACUCAAACAUUAGAUUCCACUAAAUAUUUCAAUGUAAAUAUGGUUUCCUUGUUUGUAUAUAUUGUACAGAAAAACAGACAACAAAUAUAAACUUUAUCUUAUUAUCUUAUAAUAAUUCAUAGAAAACAAAAAUGCACUGAAGCAAUUGACAAGCUUUUAUCCUUCAGGGUUUAAAUUACACAGCACUUCAAAAGAAAAUAAAUCAUUUCUGGUAUAUUGCUGAUUUGUGAAUAGUCUGACUUUGUUUGCCUAUCAACAAAAUGGUUGUAGUUCAUAUUUACAGUGUAACUGUG